AUGUCUCUGUUUGGCCACCUCUUGUCCGUUGCCCGUUUUUCCCGAGAUUCCCACAGGUACAUCCGCCAAAACAAGAAGGUUUAUCCACUGGGACUGGCCGACCCAUCCUCAAAACGCUUGGUCCUUUCUCCAGGAAAUGGGAAACCCACACACUGGUCCAAAUGGAGCUCAUUCCGCCAUUCCGGAGGCGCUACCUUCAUGGGGUCUAAACAAAUGGGUUUAGCUUGCCUCGUACUCAGAGAACAAUUUACUCACCUGGAAGAAUAUAUGUGCAUGGAUCCCCCGUUCCACAGUCGAAGACAAACAACUCUG